AUGGCUUCUUCUUUCUCAAUCACCCGUUCGAUUGGUCGGAAAUGGUUUGCCGGAUUAUCUAAUUAUCCGAUUGUAUGCCUGACUGAAUCUUCUUCUUUUCGUAGGUAUAGGUUUAACUCCUUUUAUCCGAAAGGCAUGAGCACGUUGGCCGAAAACCGAUCAUCAUCCUCGUCAUCUGCAUGGCUUAUGCUGCCUCCAGCCUUUGACGUCACCGUCACCGGCGCCGCCAGCUUAAGCUACAAGUUCUACAACCCCGCCGACAAUAAAAUCGUAACCCUCGAUACAGGAAAAAGUUGCCAUGAAAGAGAAUUAACGCACCUGGACAUGUGUUUCGCGGGAUCUUCACGCGGCUGGCUCGCUUUGUUGAGCCCCAGCUUCGAUCUGUUUCUCUAUAAUCCAAUCUCCCGUCGCCACAUAAAACUCCCUCCGGUUCGCGACCUGCACGAAUUCCCGCCUGGCCCCCCCGUGAUACACAAGCUCAUACUCUCGUGCUCCCCAGACACACCAAAUUGUCGGGCCAUCAUUAUCUACAACAGCAUGCGUGCGCUGGCUUUCUGCUGCCCUGGCUUCAGCAAGGAGUGGACCCAUGUCGGCGAUCACCACUGGCUCGACCCAAAUUCGGGACGACCAUUCCGCAAUAUCGGCAAUGGCUAUUGGGAUUGUGUCUACUCCACAAGACAUGAAGCACUGUUUACCCUCACGAGAAAGGGCGUGUUGGAAUCUUGGGAUCUUGGAGACCCUCAUUCACUGAGGGCGGUGAAGAUAGCCGAUAUUGGACGCAAGGGACUAGUUAGGAUUAGAUAUUCGAGGGAAAGAUAUCAUCAUAAAGAGGAGAAUGACUUGCAGCUAACGUGUGAUAGAGCGCAGCAUUUGGUAGUGGCCGGGCAGGAUCUCCUCGUGGUGACUCAAUACGUGGUUGGAUGUUUUGAUUUUGAUGGAUUGUAUGUUGACUGCGAUGACCCGUAUCAGAAUACCUUCGAUCGAGGCCUUCCGUUUGUGACUAUUUCUUUCAAGGUUCAUAAAUAUGACCCUGAGGAUGAGGAGGUUGAGUAUGUCAACUCUUUAGUUGGCUUGGCGCUUUUCGUCGGCUACCACAGCGAUUCAUUUGCGUUGCCCGCGGCAGAGUUUCCGGAGCUCAAACCCAAUUCCAUUUACUUCGCUAAUGCGCUAGAUGAAGUCAUGUGUCCGUGUACACCACCAAUUGGUGGCCAUGACAUCGGCAUUUUCAAUUAUGAAAACAAGACUGUAUUGCCGUGCUAUUAUCCAUCUGAUGUCAAGAACAUGAGCAAGAUUUUCCCAGGGCCUACUUGGUUCUUCCCAAGUCCUGCAUGA